AAUGACGAAGCCCGUCCUCACUGUCGCGCAUCGCGCCUGCGCACACACGACUGCCUCCCGGAAGUGGCGGAUCUCCGCGGGGAGAGCGGCCGAGUCUGGGUGCCAGGGCGAUCGUAGUGCCUGCUGAGCUAGUGGGCUUUUGCCCUGCCCACCAUGUCUGCCUUUGAUACCAACCCCUUCGCGGACCCGGUGGACGUGAACCCUUUUCAGGAUCCGUCUGUGACCCAGCUAACCAAUCCCCCUCAGGGUGGUCUGUCAGAAUUCAAUCCCUUUUCAGAGACUCCCAGGCUGACAAAUGCAGCAGGAACGACAGUCCCAGCUACCCAACCCACUGGGCCAUCACAACCUGCAGUCCUCCAGCCCUCAAUGGAACCAACACCUCAGGCUGUGGCCUCUGCUGCCCAGGCUGGCCUACUGCAGCAGCAGGAGGAGCUUGAGAGGAAAGCCGCUGAGCUGGACAGGAAGGAACGAGAGUUACAGAAUGCAGCAGCUAACCUGCAUGUGAGACCAAACAAUUGGCCCCCGCUGCCCGCAGGGUGUCCCAUCAAGCCUUGCUUCUACCAGGAUUUCUCAGCAGAGAUCCCAGCUGACUACCAGCGGACAUGCAAGAUGCUAUAUUACCUUUGGAUGUUGCAUUCAGUGACUUUGCUCCUGAAUCUUCUUGCCUGCCUGGCCUGGUUCUAUGCCAAGGAUUAUAGGGGGGUUGACUUUGGCCUCUCAAUCCUGUGGUUUGUGCUCUUCACCCCAUGUGCUUUCAUCUGUUGGUACCGACCCAUCUACAAGGCCUUCAGGUCUGACAACUCCUUUAGCUUCUUCGUGUUCUUUUUUGUAUUUUUCUGUCAAAUUGCCAUCUACAUCAUCCAGCUGGUGGGCAUUCCAGGCUGGGGGAAUAGUGGCUGGAUCGCCUCCAUGUCGACGCUCAAGUCUGAUGUGCCCGUGGCUGUCUCAGUCAUCAUGAUGGUGGUGGCUGGCUUCUUCACCCUCUGUGCCGUCCUGUCCCUCUUCCUCCUGAAGCGGGUGCACUCCCUGUACCGCCGGACAGGUGCCAGCUUCCAGCAAGCCCAGGAGGAGUUCUCCCAGGGCAUCUUUUCCAGCAGGACCUUCCGGAACACAGCUGCAUCCGCUGCCCGGGGAGCGUUCCAGGGGAAUUAGCCCUCUCGGACAGGCGAGCGUCCUCUUCUCUUCCGGCCUUCUCUCCUUACUCUCCUUGCUGCCUCCUCCAGAGAUGCACUUGCCGGGGUGCCCGCUUACCACACGGUUCUGGUUCUGGCUGAGACAGAUAUGAGUCUCCCCUUAGGCUCCUCACCUGUUUCUCCACAGCCAGCCUUCCCUCCCUCCCUGCUGAGAUCUGGGAGGAAGGGCCAGGACAGUUUUGUAUACACACAUCCACAAUCCCCCUUAGCCCAGCUUUCUCUCUUCUGUGUGCAUGGUCAUUUGAUGCGGUUCUUGCUGGGCGGGGUGUCCCCUUUGGUUUGGGCUGCCCCUGCCUGGGCUUUGGGGAUGGGGGUUGGGGGGCAGCCGUCCCCGAUUCUCACCUUGGACCAGUGACCCGGAUGACCUCUUGUUUUCCAUUGCCCUUGUGCGAGGAUGUUCGUGUGCUGGGGAUGGUGUAGGAGACUGGGUUCAGAACACUAAGGGAGCCAGCUCCAUGUGUAGGCCCUUUCCCUCCAGGCCCCCCCCCCCCCCAGGGGCCAGUCCAGAGCCCCCUGCCUCCCGAAGAGAGUGUGGUUUUCAGAACUGGAAUCACAAGCCUUAAGCAGAAAGUGCCUUAAUGUUCCCACACCAAAUGUGGCCCUGACUGAGCCGGCUGCAGAGCCCGGGGGCUGCCCCGGCAGAGGGGCUGCUGGGAGCUGCUGCUUCUUCCUACCCAGAAGGGUUUGGGCCAGGGUGCAGCCCCGGCUCUUGGCUGUGGAGAGGAGAGCCUCUCCCUCCCAGGAGCCUCGGGGGUGGGGGGUGGGGGGUGGGGUGGGGGCCUGAUGGUUCUGCUUUGUGAACAGGACCCCUCCCCAGUGCUGUUUGCCCCAUCUCCUUGCAGCCCAGUCUACCUAGCGAUAGUGGCCAUGACUGAGAUUUUAGGAACUCCCUCCUCCCCCUUUCUGAGAUUUAUUUUUCUUCUCUGUACAAAUGUAUAUGUCAUUGUCUUAACUUUUGUGCUUUAAAUAAAAACAAUACAGAGUAAAA